CCGCUUUCUCACACAGAAUUAUAAAUGUUGCGGUUGACCAUCUUCAUCAACUUUUCUCCCCCCGUAACCAUGGAAAGUUUCACUUUGAAUCAUUUCAUCCUCAGGAUUUCUCUCCAGCUUCUUCUCUUCUCUCUCUCCAUUUUCAACCUCUCAGUCCCUACCGCAGCAGAAAGUUUAGCUUGUGCAGUUGUGGAUUGUGGGGAAGGAACAUGCAAGGAUUCCAAUUCCUCAGUUCUCGGUUUUGAAUGUGAAUGCGAUCCUGGCUGGAAGAAGAUUCAGAUUGGUCCCUUGACCUUCCCUUCUUGUGUUCUUCCUAACUGUUCUGUAGAUCUUCAAUGUAACAAUGCAUCUUCACCAGCUCUGUCUUUGCCUCAAAUGAACGUUUGUGCCUUUGUAUGGUGUGGGAAAGGAACUUGUGUUGCCAAUGGAAAUGGAUACAAAUGCCAGUGCUCUCAGGGCGCUGCUAAUUUGUUCAACAACCCAGCAUGGGGCUGUUUUGAUGAAUGCUCCUUAGGAUUUGAUUGCAAUGAGCUCGGGUUGGGCCUGGGGAUUCCUAAUCCUCCACCACCACCACCACUUCCUUUCGCUGAAUCUGGACCUGUUACAGCAAGUAAUUGUGCAACAAAUCUUCGUGCAUUAACAAUGAUGCUGCUGCUGCUAGCAACAACUUUCCUGGCAUGGUUUUAGAGAGCUCAAUUAGCAGAUUGAUUAUGAUUUUAUAUUUCUAAUCUUGAUAAUUAUGAUUUAGUUUACAUGACCUUAUUGGCUUAUUUUAAUUUAAGGUUCAUAAAAUUUGUCCCACGGAUUGCUACUUGAGGUUGUCAAAUGGGCUGAAUACACAAAUUGGACUAGACUGGGUUGCCAUGGACCUUCUACAUUUUUACCCAAAAAAAAAGCACAUAACUCAGUACUUCUAUUC